AUGUCGUCUUCUCGUGCAUUGAGCGUAGGACCGAACACCUCUAACCCAACAUUUCCAAAAGGUCCUACUCAGAAACGGAUUCUUACUGACACUGAGGACGCGGGGGAACAGGACAGAGGUUCGAAGCGAAGCAAGAGGGGUUGCGACGACGCUGAAGGCGACAAGGCGCCUCAUCCGAAAGACAGGGAGAAAAGAAAACGACGUAGGAAAAAUAGACAAAACCAGCCCAAACAACUGUCUGAGAUAUCUGUUGACACCCACGGGCGAUCUGCUGCAGCUGAAGAGCAGGUCGCAUCUGGAUCGGGUCCCUCUCGACUGCACAGUCCAUCUAUGGAUAACGAUGCUUCAACAGCUCUGAACCACGAUCUUGUGGAUUCUCACAGCCGUCAACCGUCUGUGGGGCUUUCCUCAACGACAAUGGGGACGCAGAGUCCGGAUUCUCGAUCCACAUCUGUCUUAGAGAUAGCUGGUUCAACGAAGGGAAAAGCGAAGAUGUCAGUUGACGCAUUUGAACACGAUGAGCAGCAACCCAGUUCUGCAGCUACUUCGGUGGAUGCCGUUCAAUCACAGCUCGUCGAGAAGACAACACUAGUCGACAGACAUACUACCCUCCUUUCGACCUUACAACAAUCGCUUACCUGUCAGAUUUGUCUGGAUUUGAUGCAUAAACCAUAUGCGUUAGCGCCUUGUGGCCACACGGCUUGUCAUGGAUGCCUGGUCUCAUGGUUCAGCGCUCCUCCUCCCGACAUCCCCCCUGCGGAGAUGCUUCCUUCGUACCUGCGCAAGAAAACUUGCCCUCAUUGUCGUGCAGUUGUCUCUGAGCGUCCAGUAGAGGUUUGGGCUGUGAAGGAGAUGGUGAGUGUGCUUGUAAAGAGUGGAUUAGCCAAUCCUCCAAUCAAUGCUCCCAACCUGGCAUCCGACACACUCAGUGGGGAUCCGUGGGUGGGUAUAUUCCGAAAGGCAAUUGUGCCGUCAGCGGAUCUUCCACGCUUUGCCGAUCCUGCGAUGAUGCAGGACAUACUUGGGAUUCAAGAUGCGGAAGAUGGUGGCAUCUACCGCUGCAUUGACUGUAUGUAUGAAAUAUGGGAUGGCGUGUGUUCAUCGUGUGGCCGCUUGUACCCUGGUCACGCCCAUGCUCCCCAUGCUCAUCUCGACCCCGAUGAGGGUGAUAUUGAGCCCCCACCUGACUGGGACGAGGACGAUGAAGAGGCCAACGAUGAUUGGAUCGGUAUGGGGCCGCUUGGAGGUCUCUUGUGGGAUUGGCAUGGGGGUGCCAAUGACACCGAUGUUGAGAGCGAUGGAAGUGUCCACGACAGCGAGAACGACUCAACUAGCGUGGAAAUCCGUAGGCGCCAUGGGCGACGGCGCUAUUCACCAGUGCAUGAAGCUGUCGAGGAGCACGAGCGGCAUCACAGCGGCGAGGAAUAUGAUGAAGAGUACGAGAGCAGCUUCAUCGAUGACGAGGAUGACCACGGAGUCGCGCAUGUGUCAAAUAUGCCAAUCCCGGACCCUCGAGACCCUCUGUUUCCUGUUCAUGAAGAGAGCGACUCCGACGAUAGUGAAGCCGAAUUCCCGGUCAGGCGGCUGUCACGUCGAGCAGAUCGACCGACUCAACGACACUAUUCGUCGGAAGAGCAUGAGGGUACUGGGGAAGACCCUGUUCUGCGCAGAUCCGGUUCCACUUCGAGGCAUUCCUAUAGCAGGCCCCAUGUUUCCAUUAGACGCUUUUUGACACCAUCAGACGAUGAGCAUGCCGUGCAGUCGCAAAGGCGGCGUCGCCCAAACGUAAUCCACUCGGAUGACCCGAGCGAUGAGGAAAAUAUACGUUAUUCUGAUGGCCAUGGUGAAAGCGAUCUAGCAGCGAUGGUGGCGGCUCGCGAGUAUGAAAUGUACGGCGACGACGGAUCAGUCCAGCGGGGCACUUGGUUCGAGCAUGAUGACGUUGACGCGGACGAGCUGUACGAUGAUUAUGCCGAGGAAAGGAAUGAUGUAUUCAGUGUGAGAGAUGGCGAUGACGGGCAUGAUGAACAGGAUGGCCUGAGCGCAUGGGCGGAAUAUGGAUCUCCCGAGUAUGAUGAUGACUUUGAAGGGGAAUACUAG